UCCCACUCACCCUCAGCAGAACCUUUAUAAAAGCUCACUGGAGCUAUUAGAAUAAACAGUUGCAGAGCAGCAGGCUCUUACUGAACUUCUUCACAGGAAAUAGCAAGACUUUUGAAUUUACUUUCUUUACUUAAUUACAGCAGUUACAAAUGAUAAAACAGAUGGAAAGAACAAGACAAGCUGUGAUAAUAAUUUUCUAUGCAUGCAUGAGUGUUAAAGCUUUUGAAGUGGAAAUUACACCUGCUAGCAGAAUUGUUGCACAGAUUGGAGGAACAGUCAUGCUUACAUGCAAUACUACUGGCUGUGCAUCACCAAGUUUUUCCUGGAGAAUCCAAACGGACAACCCCCUUGGAGGAACAGUGAGCAACUAUGGAACAUACUCUAUCUUGACUAUGAGUCCAGUUAGCGUUGAGAAUGCUCAUGAUUAUCUGUGUACUGUCUUCUGCAAGGCUGAGAAAAAAGAGAAGAGUGUCAAAGUUGAACUUUACUCUUUCCCUAGUGAUCCUGUCAUUGAGAUCAGCGUAUCCUUAGUUGCUGAGGAACAAGCCACAGUCAUCUGUAAAAUUCCCAGUGUGUAUCCUUCUGAUCACCUAGAAGUAAUCUUAAAGAAAGAGGAACAUAUUCUGCUUGAGAAAAAGUUUUUGGAAGAUGACAGCACAAAUACAGAGACCAAAAUUGUGACAUAUUCGUUUAACCCCACUGCGGAAGAUAUUGGGAAAGACAUUACUUGUGUGGCCAAGUUACCAAUUGCUAAUAUGGACUUUGAACCAAAAGAAAGAGUAACUUCUCAGAAACUGAAUGCAAACUUUGGUCCUAAAAAUACUAUCAUUACUGCAUCUCCAAGCAACUCAGCAAUGGAAGGAGACUCUCUGAAACUCACUUGUGUAACCGAGAGUAAUCCACCACCACAGAUAGUUUGGAGAAGACAAGUGGCUAACAAAAGCAUUCAGUAUCUGGUGGAAAACAAUGUCCUUUCUAUUCCUCAUGCCCGUUUCACUGAUUCAGGACUGUACAUCUGUGAAGUAAUUAAUCUAGUGACUAAUAAAACAGAGAAAGCAACUGUGGACAUUGUUAUACAAGGUGCUCCAAAUAUUGCAGAAGUCUCCAUUAAACCUUCUACAACAGUUCAGGAAGGACAAAAUGUUUCCAUAAGAUGUUCUGUUGAGAGUAACCCUCCUGCUAAGAUUGUUUUAAGAAGAAAAUCUGACAUUGCAGAUGUGGGGCUUUACAGUGAGGGAGGAAUUCUUCUCCUGCCAUCUGUGACAUUUCUUAAUGCAGGAGACUACGAAUGUGUAGCAGAAAAUAAGUUCGGGAAAAGUAAAAGUGCAGUAGCUCUUAAUGUGGAAUGUGGACCGAAGAAUACAGUCAUCUCUGUAAUCCCUGCUGCUACUGUUAAAGAAGGAGAAACUGUGACAAUGAAAUGUACUAGUUUUGGUAAUCCAACUCCAGUGAUUUCUUGGAAGAAAAAGGCAGCCACUGGGGAGUUUGAAAAAAAUUUUAAAGAUGCGACUUUAACUAUAAAGGGUAUCAGAAGUCAAGAUUUGGGGCUUUAUGAAUGUGAAGCAUAUAACCAAUUUGGCAAAGAGGAAAAAGCUGUGAGAUUACUUGUUCAAGCUCCACCAAAAAAUACAACACUUUCAGUUUUCCCUUCAAAUGCAGUGAAACAAGGAGAAAGUGUUGCCAUCUCUUGCACGUCCACAGGUGUUCCAGCUGUUCAGAUUACUCUGAGAAGGAAAAUAGAUGAUGUGAUCACAACCCUUGAAACACAAGAUGGCAAAUAUACCAUCGGCAGUGUUCAGCUAAAGGAUGCAGGAACAUAUGAAUGUGUAUCCGUUAAUGAACUGGGAGAGGAGUCUCAGCACCUAAUACUUGAUGUCAAAGUUCCUCCCCAAAAUAUUACUGUGUUAGUACAUCCAUCAGAAAAUGUUGAAGAAGGAGAAAAUGUCACCAUUAUGUGUAGCACAUAUAGUAACCCACCAUCACAGAUGGUCCUGAAAAAAGUGCAUCCAGAGAAAGAAAUUAUUCUGUCAUCAAUGAAUGGAACCUUUAUACUCUACAAUGUCACCAAAAAUGACACAGGCAGAUACUUACUUGAUGUUUUCAAUGAGGUUGGAAACAACAUUAAAGUAAUUGAGAUAGCUGUUGUAGGAAGAGCAGAAAAAACAUAUCAAAUGAUGCCUGUGAUUAUUGCAUUCUCUUGUGUAACAGCAAUAGCAAUAUCUGUAGUCAUGAUUUUGAUCUACGUGUCAAGAAAAGCAAAGAUAAAUGGAUCCUACAGUCUUGUAAAAGCUCUGAGGCCAAAAGUGUGAUCACAUCAAUAUAAGUCUAAGUGGUUCAUAAUAAGUGAUGUUAUUUAUUGUGUUGGCAGAGCCAAAUUGUUGACUUUGCUCCUCUUCCAUAGUACGCUGUAACAAGCAAGUGACUUAAGAACGCUACCAUGUGAUAGCAAAUGGAAAAUGUUUUGUGUUUUGAUGAGUAUUUCAGUAUUUAAAUGAAAGGAAAAACUAGCAUCCUGUCUUAGAAACAGGGAAACCACUUCUAUGUUGAAGCAUGCUCAGAAAUGAGUUCCUGGGAGAACUAGGUUUGUAUAUAGUGUAUAAUCUGUAUUAGAAAUAUGUUCAACUGAAUAACAGUUUGUAAAAAUGCAGUCUUACUGCAACUGUAAAUAGAAAUGUUAUUAAUUCAGAGAUAUAAAUCAACAUUAUUUGAGCUGAUCAAACGGAAAUAUUUUAUUUUACAGAGUGUAUAUUUUACAAUAUACAGAGUGAAUGCUUUUAAUAUAAAUUGCCUACUUGUAGAAAUGUUUGAAAAAUGUUCUCUUUUCACUGUCAUUGCCAUAAACCUAUGAAGUCACAGGGCCAUACAUUUCUAAUUAA